GGAGUUUUGUCCUAAAUUCCAUGUCUCCCCAGUCAUAUUACAUGCACAUAAAGUCAGCAGAAGGCAUAUUCCAGAGCAGACUCGGGAAACCAGAGAAAAAUACUUCCUCUCUGACAGACUGGGGGCUGUCCAGAGUUCAGUUUCAUGUGUUCAUGAGAUGAUAAAAAGGGAAGAGUGGUUUUCACUAAGGUUUCAGCUGCAGCCGAGGGAACAUGUCCUUCGUGAACACUCUGCGUCAGUGGGAUGAAGCAGUGGCUUGUGUGGAGAAAAAGGACACAGUCUCUGCUCUCGGGAUAUUCCUGGACAUUGAAGAAAAGACAUCAAAGAUCAACUUCAACAUCGGAUGCCUCCAUCUACAAAACAAUGAGCUGGAUGCUGCUGAGAAGGCAUUUGACAGUAGCAUCGGCAAAGAUCAGCAUCUGGCCGUUGCUUUUUUUCAGCGGGGAAUUACAUUCUACAAAAAAGAAAGGUUUGAAGAGUCACUGAUGGAUUUCCAGCAAGCUUUUAAGGAGCUUAGAGGGAAUCACCUCAUAGACUACAAACCUCUUGGACUGAUGUAUAAACUUUAUGCUUGUGAGGUGCUGCACAAUAUUGGACUUGUCUAUGCGCAAAUGGGGAAAUGGGAGAAUGCUCAGGAAAAACUGCUUUUAGCUCUUAACAUCCGUAUAGAAUCCAAAUUCAGCCACAUCGACAAGGCUCUGGAAUCCAUUCUGAAGCAGAAACUAUUUCCUCUGGUGGUGAUUCGCCCGGAGCUUAUGUUCAAACCCAAUAAGCACUAUGUGGCAGAGCUGGAGAAAAAGGACUACCUUGGAAAGGCCAAGGUUAUAUCUUCUGUGGUUCCUGCUGAUAACUUCUCAGGUUUUGCUCCUCUUCAGCCUCAAGUUGAAGAUGUGCCAGCUAAACCCAAGGCACCAGAAGUACUGAGAGCUCUUGAAGGUGAACCACACACUGUUCUGUACGAGUUCAUUCCCGAGACCAAAGAAGAACUGGCUGUGUUACCAGGCAACAUCGUCUUCGUUCUUCAGAGAGGGACUGACAACUGGGCGUCUGUUAUUUUCAACGAAAGGAGAGGUUUGGUUCCCUACAAUUUCCUGGAGCCAUUGGACAUUACAGUGGCCUCAAAAAUGGUGCAGGUUGCACCAUCCAGCAGCAAUGAAGAUAUACCCGAUCCACCAAGAAGAGCAGCACCCAGUAAACCUGUGAGUAAAGCAGGUCAGAAGGCUGCCACAACAGAGACUAAAGCUGAUGAUGAUUUCUCAAAAUGCAUUGUGAAAGUGCACUUCCUGUUUACCAUAUCCAUCUGCAUUGCACCAGGACAGCCAUUUAAAACCGUCCUCAAUAUUAUCAGCAAUAAACUCAAGCGACCUGCUUCUACACUCACUCUGAGGUAUUUUAAGCCUGGAUCUACUGAGAAAGUAACAGUCGACGAGUCAGAGAUGGAGGUGCUGUGGACCUGCGUGAGCAACAAUCGCCUCACACUGUGGUGUUCAGCCACCGAGGAUAAAACUAUAACUCAGAAAAAGAUGGUGGCUCUGUAUGCUUAUGAGGCAUCUACACCUGAAGACCUGGCCUUUGCUCAAGGUGAUGUCAUCACUGUCCUGUCUACAGUGAAUGAAGAGUGGAUUGAGGGCGAGUGCAAUGGGAAGACUGGCAUCUUUCCAUCAUCUUUUGUUGUAAAUCAUGAAGAUAAUCAGUAGAUGGAGACAAGUUUGACUGAAAAAUAACAAAAUCUUAACACGAAAGAUUACUGGAUUAUUUAAAGCUUAAGUGUAAUUUAACCAGCAAUGCUGAAGUGCACCUAUAGAAAGGGUCACUGUAUGUCUGCACAUACUUGCAGUCCUUUUCUUAUAGACUUGGAUAAUACAAUACAAUUAUUUUAUGAACAUAUUUUAGCUUUUGGAAAUUACUUGUGUACAAAUUUUUUGCCAUUAAGUUGCAAAUGAAUCACUUUUUAAAAUAUACCAAAGAACCUUUUAUAAUUGAUCACCACCACUAAACUGUAAGCAAUAAAACAUGAUGCAUUAUAUGCUAUUACCUCACCAUAUCUGUUAUAUAACUGCACUUUUUAAUCCAUUUAUUAUUGGUCUCAGAUUAUGUGGAGCAUCCAAAAUACAAGUCUCUGUUACUGAGCUGUUACUAGUAACAUUAGAAUGAGCACAUUAAUAGACUGUAAACCUAUUAUUUGAAUUACAGCUGGCUGUCAGAGGUGCUGUCACAAAAAAUUAAUCAACAAUUUCUGAGCAAUCAGAAUAGGGAAUCCAACAGCACUGUGGUGUAAUACAUGUUCAACUGCUUUUGACAAUGUGUACUUAAAUAAAAACCAGCAACAGCAAUG